AUGGGGCUCCCGGCGCUCGAGUUCAGUGACUGCUGCCUCGACAGCCCGCACUUCCGAGAGACGCUGAAGUCUCACGAAGCAGAGCUGGAUAAGACCAACAAAUUCAUCAAGGAGCUCAUCAAAGACGGGAAGUCACUCAUCAUCGCGCUCAAGAAUUUGUCUUCAGCGAAGCGCAAGUUUGCAGAUUCCUUAAAUGAAUUUAAAUUUCAAUGCAUAGGAGAUGCAGAAACAGAUGAUGAGAUGUGUAUAGCAAGGUCUUUGCAGGAGUUUGCCACUGUCCUCAGGAAUCUUGAAGAUGAACGGAUACGGAUGAUUGAGAAUGCCAGUGAGGUGCUCAUCACUCCCUUGGAGAAGUUUCGAAAGGAGCAAAUCGGGGCUGCCAAGGAAGCCAAAAAGAAGUAUGACAAAGAGACAGAGAAGUAUUGUGGCAUCUUAGAAAAACACUUGAAUUUGUCAUCUAAAAAGAAAGAAUCUCAGCUACAAGAGGCCGACAGCCAAGUGGACCUGGUCCGGCAGCAUUUCUACGAAGUAUCCCUGGAGUAUGUCUUCAAGGUGCAGGAAGUCCAAGAGAGAAAGAUGUUUGAGUUUGUGGAGCCUCUGCUGGCCUUCCUGCAAGGACUCUUCACUUUCUAUCACCAUGGUUAUGAACUGGCCAAGGAUUUUGGUGACUUCAAGACACAGUUGACCAUUAGCAUACAGAAUACAAGAAACCGCUUUGAAGGCACCAGGUCAGAGGUGGAAUCCCUGAUGAAGAAGAUGAAGGAGAACCCCCUAGAGCACAAGACCAUCAGCCCCUACACCAUGGAGGGGUACCUCUAUGUUCAGGAGAAACGUCACUUUGGAACUUCUUGGGUGAAGCACUACUGUACAUAUCAACGAGAUUCCAAACAAAUCACUAUGGUACCAUUUGACCAAAAGUCAGGAGGAAAGGGGGGAGAAGAUGAAUCGGUCACCCUCAAAUCCUGUACACGGAGGAAAACAGACUCUAUUGAGAAGAGAUUUUGUUUUGACGUAGAAGCAGUAGACAGGCCAGGGGUUAUCACCAUGCAGGCUUUGUCAGAAGAGGACCGGAGGCUCUGGAUGGAAGCCAUGGAUGGCCGGGAACCUGUCUACAACUCCAACAAAGACAGUCAGAGCGAAGGGACUGCACAGUUGGACAGCAUUGGCUUCAGCAUAAUCAGGAAAUGCAUCCAUGCUGUGGAAACCAGAGGGAUCAAUGAGCAAGGGCUGUACCGAAUCGUGGGGGUCAACUCCAGAGUGCAGAAGUUGCUGAGCGUUCUUAUGGACCCCAAAACAGCUUCCGAGACAGAAACAGAUAUCUGUGCCGAGUGGGAGAUCAAGACAAUCACUAGUGCUCUGAAGACCUACCUAAGAAUGCUUCCAGGACCACUCAUGAUGUACCAGUUUCAAAGAAGUUUCAUCAAAGCAGCAAAACUGGAGAACCAGGAGACUCGGGUCUCUGAAAUCCACAGCCUUGUUCAUCGGCUCCCAGAGAAAAAUCGGCAGAUGUUACAGCUGCUCAUGAACCACUUGGCAAAUGUUGCUAACAAUCACAAGCAGAAUUUGAUGACAGUGGCAAACCUUGGGGUGGUGUUUGGACCCACCUUGCUACGGCCUCAGGAAGAAACAGUAGCAGCCAUCAUGGAUAUCAAGUUUCAGAACAUUGUCAUCGAGAUCCUGAUAGAGAACCAUGAAAAGAUAUUUAACACCCUACCUGAUGUGCCACUCACCAAUGCCCAGCUGCACCUGUCUCGGAAGAAGAGUGGUGACUCCAAGCCCCCAUCCUGCAGCGAGAGGCCCCUGACACUCUUCCAUGCCAUGCAAUCGACAGAGAAACAGGAACAAAGGAACAGCAUGAUCAACUCCAGUUUGGAAUCUGUCUCAUCAAAUGCAAACAGCGUCCUUAAUUCCAGCAGCAGCCUACAGCCCAACAUGAACUCCAGUGACCCAGACCUGGAUGUGGUCAAGCCCACCCGGCCCAACUCACUCCCCCCGAAUCCAAGCCCAACUUCACCCCUCUCGCCAUCUUGGCCCAUGUUCUCGGCGCCAUCCAGCCCUAUGCCCACCUCAUCCACGUCCAGCGACUCAUCCCCCGUCAGGUCUGUUGCAGGGUUUGUUUGGUUUUCUGUUGCUGCCGUUGUUCUCUCAUUGGCUUGGUCCUCUCUUCAUGCAGUGUUCAGCCUCCUCGUCAACUUUGUUCCCUGCCAUCCAAACCUGCACUUGCUUUUUGACAGGCCAGAAGAAGCGGUCCAUGAAGACUCCAGCACACCGUUCCGGAAGGCAAAGGCCUUGUAUGCCUGCAAAGCUGAACACGACUCGGAGCUCUCAUUCAUAGCAGGCACGGUCUUUGAUAAUGUCCAUCCAUCUCAGGAGCCUGGCUGGUUGGAGGGGACUCUGAAUGGAAAGACUGGCCUCAUCCCUGAGAACUACGUGGAAUUUCUCUAACCAUGGGCCCCAGCAGAACUGCUGAGCUUUACAUGGUAUCCAUGACAACCGCUGAUUCCAGUGUUGUAGGCCAGUUCUCAUUUUGCCACUGAGAAAAGCAGGAAGACUAACUCCAGUGCUACCUGUCGACAUGAAUGUUUCUGGGAACUCUUGUCACCCAUCUCCACAAUCAUCUCAGCUAACGAGAGGCAAUACUGGAAGAAACAGAAGGCAAUCAACAGAGGAGGCCAUUUGAUUUUGAUAAGAGAAAGGCUUGCAAAGCUAUUUUUUCAUGAGUGCCCUAAACAGGGAGCACUGAUUUUGUUUCAACAGUCAUUCAAACCCCCAACCUUUAAAGGAGGAAGUAAGAUAUAUACAAUCCCCAAGGGCACACAGCAUAGCUAAGUUUGACAGAGAAAAAAAAAAAUACUGGCACCAAGGUCCAGGCUGGGUCCCUUGCUUUUGUUUACAACAGUUGCUCUUUCUGUCCUGCCUCUAAUUCUGAAAACCCACAGUGCUGCAGACAGCUGGGUCUGUCUGUUUGCAUGCAGGAUGGAGAGGGGUGACAGCUCUGUUUAUAUAACAUCCAAUCUCUCACCAUCUCCAAAGCAGCCCUUGGCCCAUCAUCAGCAAAAUUCAGUCCAUUCCUCUUAUGCAAAGGAGCAUGCACACUCCCUCCUGAGCUGGAAACUUCUCUGCCAUUGAGGGCUGCCAUCACCUAGUAACCAUGGCAACCCAACCUACUCUAAAACCAAACCAAAUAAAUAAAUAAAUAACACACACCUCUUUGCAUGACACAAUCCCCCUUCCCCAUUUUGGGUUUUUGAAUGGUCUUCCAAUCACCUGGAGCAGAGGAUCAAGGAAUUAGGGUCAUCUACUUGGGGAAGACAGGAUAGCAGCUAGGAACUGUUGCCUCUCUAAUGAAUUUCAGAGGUAUCAGGAUAUAUUUGGAGAAAACUCCUCUAGCAAUGUCUUGAGAUUAUAAAUAGGCUUAAUAUUUCUGUUCUUCAUAGAACUGGUAUUUGCUUUCUAGAGGGUAAGAUGCCUCCUUUCCAGUGGGUGACCAUCUGACUGGUUCAGUUGUGUCCCCCCAUUCACUUGGUCCCUCUUAGUCACUAGUCCCUGCCCUUGGGGAUUCCCACCUCUGGCUCUGUUGCAGUGUUUUGGGCUGCUGAGCACUGGUGCCCUGUGGUUUUCAGGGAUGCUUCCCAGGCUGACUCUAUGGUCUAUAGGAUAAAAGGACAUCUACUACAUUCACUGCCACCCAGAAAAAGGGAAUCAUUUCUCAAGCUUUCAAGGAAUGAGAUAAAUAUCAUAGGCCAUUGGAAUUCAGGAAGACACCAGAGUUGGGGGCAUGGAUGAUGGAAUGGAUACCUUCUAAGAAAGGGAAUUUCCUACUCAAAGGGCUGGGUCUUGUGGAAGAUUGUCUUGGAUGGGGAAGUUCCACCUGGACAUUUCAAAUUCACUUGACCUCCAAAGAACAGAGUCACCAUAUCUUCCAUGUGUGAAUCUUCUUAUAAGAAGGACAACAAUAAACUGUCAAUCUCCCCAGGAGUCCCUUGGAAGGCAGCAUUGCUCCAGAGUGUCCUGUUUCUGGAAUUCCGUUAGGGACCUCUAAUGAAGAAAAGAAAAACUUGAAUUGUGUUGAAUUACUGUAUCUUUUUCUUUCUUUUUUUUAAAGAUAAACUUGUAAAUAGAGUGAUUUGAAACACUA